CCAACUUGGCAACCACUAGCCUAUAUAAACUCCAUAAAUGAACCCAGAUAUUUAUAUUUCCAGACAAACAAUAUCAAACUGAGUUGGGAAUCUCAAGAGGUUACGAAGGAAGAGAUAAUCGCGGCUAACGGGUACGCGCGUGAAUAUAGAUAAUAGUGCGAGUACAUAAAUUAAGAUCAAUUUCCAAGAUUUCCAAUUAUCAUUUAGGAUCAUCAUUAGGUUUUUUUUUGCCCUUAAUCUCCCGAAAUUCUCUCUCCAGAUAAAAAAUCAAACCUUUGAAAUUCUCUCUUCGAAUUAGGGUUUAGGAAAGCGGAUUACUGGCACGCUUUUUUUACUUUUGAUUUCUCGUCCCUGUGAUUCUCGAGUUCACUGAUCAUGGCUUCCUCCGUUGUCAUCAAGGUCAAAUACGAGGAUACGCUCAGGCGUUUCAAUGUUCCUGUUAAUGGUGAUCAGCGCUUAGAUAUCAACAUGGAAGGUCUGAGGCUAAAGAUUUUUUCUCUUUUCAACAUGCCAUCAAGUGCAAAUUUUAGCCUGACUUAUCAAGAUGAAGAUGGUGACUUGGUUACCCUUGUUGAGGAUGAAGAUCUGUAUGAUGUGGUGAGGCAGGGAUUGAAUCCAGUUAGGAUCACUGUUAGCCUGAAAACAGACAAGGCUGCUCAACCUAGUGCCACAUUCAGUGAAAGCUCAACCCCUAGAGAGUCGUCCUCGCCAAGUUUGCAACAGACCGUCAAUCCUAAUGUUGCUGAAUUCUUGAAAUCUGUUCCAGAGCCUCUGCGUGAUACUUUUGCAAAGAUCUCUACUAUGUUGACAUCAAAAGCUGCAUCUACUUCUCCUAUACUUGCUGAUCUUGUAGAUGGUUUUUCGAAAACAGGGCAGCAAUACCUGAAUGUAUCUCCUUCUGAUUGUGGUACUUCUAAUGUAAGCAGUCAGGCUGAAGGCGAUAAACAAAACUCUCAAAGUCGGCAGGUUGAUGUUUCUACUAGUGAAGGGGUAAAGCAUACUGAUACUAAAACAUCUAGUUCUGUGAAGCAGUCUCCCAAAAGUACCCCUCAAGAUACAAGAGAAGCAGAGCCCAUUCCACUUCCCCCAGCUUGCGCUUAUACUGUCAAAGGCAAGAACGCAGCCUCUGAACCUUCUUCUCACAAAUUGACUACUGCUGAAGGUAAAAAGAAGAACAAGGAGGCUAUUGAAACCUCUGCUAGAAAAUUAAGUGCUGGUGUGCACACGAUAAACUUCUCUAAAGGUAGCGUCAAAAAGCGUGUUUCCUCUGAGAAGGAAACAAGUAAGUCCAACGUUGGUGGCACUAGGAGUUUUCAAUUGGGUGGAAGCUCUUUCAAGCCUGUAGGUGAGUGCCCUUUUUCAGGGGUUACCAUGCCAACUGGAAGCAUGACAUGGCGUGACCAAGAUAACUUUGUUGAUCAAAUUGGGCAAAAUCCCUAUCUGUUCAACGAGAGCUACAACAAAGUUGAUGCUAUGGGCACCAUUUUCCACAAAGGAGUCCGCUGUGAUGGCUGUGGGAUUCUUCCAAUCAUCGGACCACGGUUCAAGUCCAAAGUGAAACAUGAUUAUGACUUGUGCCACAUUUGCUUUGGACGAAUGGGAAAUGAUGCAGAUUACUCUCGAUUUGAUUUCCCUGUCCACUCCAGGCAUCCAAUGGCCUUCAAAAGCUUCUAUGAUCCUGGUUUCAAGGGUCUUCGCGUCCCUUUCCCUCCUGUCCCUCCUGUGCUCCCAUCAUGGAUGAAGCUACCUACAGGAAAACACCAUCGCUCUAGACUUGACAGUCGCUUCAUCACGGAUGUCAAUGUUAUGGAUGGGACAAUGAUGUCCCCGUCGACACCCUUUACCAAGAUAUGGCGUAUGCGUAACAAUGGCUCACUUCCAUGGCAUCAUGGACUACAACUUGUCUGGAUCGGGGGAGAUCGGUUUAGUGCCUCUGAUUCAGCAAGGAUUGAGUUACCCGUCGAUGGUGUGAAUGUUGGUAAAGAAAUCGACAUAGCAGUUGAUUUCAUUGCACCAGAGUUGCCGGGCCGGUAUAUUUCCUAUUGGAGAAUGGCAGAGCCAUCUGGACAUAAGUUUGGGCAGCGGGUUUGGGUUCUAAUACAGGUCGAUCCUUCUGUAGAUUUGACAAAUGAGGGUACUUCAGGGUUGGACUUGAAUCUCCCUCCCGAGACUACUGGAGCCCUUCCCCCUCAGGGUCUAGACGUAAAGGUUGAACCUGCAUUGAACUCUGAAGAAGAUGUUAGGGUUCCAUCAAUGGUUGAGCAAGAACCUAAUGUUGUGGUUGAGCAGAAAAGUAAUGUUGAGAUUGAAGAUUUGAACUUUCCGAUCAAUAAUGAUUUACUGAUCACAAGUGAUGAUGGGCUGUUCCCCACUUCAGCUGUAGCUUCAUCAUCAGCAUCACCAGCUAUUGUGGCUGCUGAUACUAGUUUAUUACCUGAGGAAUCCCUUUUGUCAAAUCCUGAUGUUGCUGCUAAUGACAACCAUGAAUCACCGCCAUCUGCUCCUCCUGCAGCUUUAUACCCCAUCAUCGAUAUGUCCGAGGGAUUUUCUUCCAACACUUCUACUGCCAAGAAUGAUGAAAACAACCUUGAGCGAGAUAAUAAUGAGAAAAACAACGUCGAAGAGUGCCUGCUGAAGGAAUUGGAGGAGAUGGGUUUUAAGCAAAUUGACUUGAAUAAAGAAGUUCUUCGCGUAAAUGAGUAUGACCUGGAGCGGUCUGUGGAUGAGCUCUGUGGUGUUUCUGAAUGGGAUCCUAUGCUUGAGGAGCUGAAAGAGAUGGGUUUUGAAGACAAAGAGAUAAACAAGAAGCUGCUAGCCAAGAACAAUGGAAGUAUAACGCGCGUGGUGAUGGAUCUGAUUUCUGGGGAGCAAUGAUAGUAGAGACCUGAACUGAUCCUACAUCAGAUAAAGAUAAACCUACCUAGCUAUCUUUUAAGCCAGUUAUUAUAAAUAAAUGGUUGUGUUUUUGAACUUGUAUCCUGUUUUAUGGUUUUGCUGAGAUUGUGCCUCAGACUCAGUCAGUAUUCUGGGAUUUGGUUAAAUAGUUUGUAUAAUAUGGCAGUUGGAGUAUAUAUAUUUGCAGCACUGUUGAUACUA